GGAUAAUGGCUCGCUUAACUGUAAGUGAAAGACAAAUUUUGAGAAAGAAGAAGAUCAUAACUCUUUAUAUGUAUUUGAUGAAUGUGUUGCAUGUAGUGCAAUGGUUUUUUAAAUUAUGGGAAAAAAUUAUUGAACAUAGUAUUGAAUCAAGCUCUUUGGGAAGACAAUUAUACAUACUUGAUAUUUUUGUCAAUAGGCAAAUUGUUCACCAAAUAGCUUAUGAGAGUAUUGUCAUUUGUUUUGAUCAACUUAGGAUUAAUAGGAAAGCAUUUAUCACUUUAUGCAUAAUGCUUGAAACUAGGGGUGGGUUAAAAGCAUCUAAAUAUUUACAAGUAGAUGAACAAGUGGCUAUGUUUUUACAUGUAAUUGCUCAUCAUGUGAAAAAUAGAGUCGUUAGAUUUCGAUUUAUGAGAUCGGGUGAGACAAUUAGCAAAUAUUUUCAUAAUGUGUUACAUUCAAUCAUUCGGCUACAUGGAGAGUUAUUGAAAAGACCUGAACCUGUUCUUGAAAAUUCAACAGAUGAGAGGUGGAAAUGGUUUAAGAAUUGCUUAGGAGCACUAGAUGGAACUCAUAUUAGAGUGAGAGUACCUAUGAAUGAUAAACCAAAAUAUCGUACUCGAAAAGGUGAAAUAGCUACAAAUGUCUUAGGUGUAUGCUCCCAAGACUUGCAAUUCAUAUAUGUGUUACCUGGUUGGGAAGGCUCUGCAGCAGAUGGUAGAGUUUUACGUGAUGCCAUACGUAGAACAAAUGGUUUGUGUGUUCCAAAUGAUGCUGGAUAUACUAAUUGUAAGGGAUUUCUUGCUCCAUGAAAUGUUGACUGGACCUUUUUGUAGCGGGUUUGGAUGGGACAGUAUUAGAAAAACUGUUACUGCGGAAAAACCAGUGUGGGAAGCAUAUUUGCAGAGUCAUAAGGAAGCAGCUCCAUUCAAGAUCAAGUCAUUCCCUUCGUAUGACGACUUGUGUGCAGUUUUUGGCAAAGAUCGUGCAAUUGGAAAACAUGCAGAGAUUGUAACAGAUGUUGUUGAAGAACUUGAAGCUGAAAAGGAAAACACUACACUUGGAGAAGAUGAUUUUAGCAAUGCUAAUAAUGUGGAUGAAGUGGAAUCUAUGUCUGUUUCAGAUGCAACAAGAGGUGCUCAAUCUCACACUCAAUCAGAUGGGUCUUCAAAGAAGAAAAGGAAAGCUGCAAAUCAUGAAGAUCUUUCAAAUGCACUUACUCAAUCAGCUUCUAUUCUCGCAGAGGUAAUUGAAAAAGCUUCAAUUCGUUUGAGUAAAGCUAUUGGUGAAGACUUGAAUGAAAAGCAUAUGCAGCUCGGGAAAGAGUUAGAAAGGACCACUACACUUACUACAACUCAACGUCAUAAGGUAGCUCGCAUGAUUAUGCAAGAUAAUGCUCUGGUUUCUUACUUUUUCAGUGUCCCAGAUGAUGAGAAGGAUGAAUGGGCGACACUUUUGAUUGAUGGCUCUCUUUAGUACACAGCUCGGGAAAGAGUUAGAAAGAUCAUGGUUAUUCACUUUGGUCUAAAAUAAUUUGCAGGACAAUAUAUAUUGCCUUUGACAUUCAGUAGUAUACAAAUUAUAAUCUUUUGGAUCUGGUGUAAUGUGUUAUGCUCAUAAUUUUGCACACAAUUAUUUUGAGCAUAAAUAUGGGUAUUGGACAUGAAUACUUAUACUUUUGAACAAGUUUUUAUGUGAUUAUAUAGUUUUUUUAAAAAAAAUAUAUGUUAGGUUUUUUUUAAAGAA